AUGGCAUUUCCAAAUAUUGCUGAUAAACUUUUCCAUAAUAAUCGUGUUUAUAUUUGGAUAGUUAUUUGUAAUUUAUAUGGACUUUAUUGGCUUUUAUUUCGACAUGCAUAUAUUUUUAAUGGAAUAACAUUCGAAGUUUUAUUAGAUCCAUUAACUGGAUAUGUACCUUUUAGAAUGGAGAUUUUUCAACAAAAUUUAUUCGACAUAACUUUACACAAUAUUAUAUUAGCUAUAAGUUCACCAAUAAUUUAUGCAGUUUUUAUAAUUUGCUUUUUCUUCAAAGCCAGGGAACUUUCUAAUCGUGUUACAAAAGAGGAGAAAAUGGUUAGUAUUCUUGAGUGA